AUGUCUGGAAGGCCCGAGGAAGGAAUUUACGGCAAUUUGGAGAGUCAAUCGUCCAAUUUCUCGCAGGGAGGUCGGAGGAGAGCGAGGUCGGAAUUUGAGGGUGAAACAGAUUACUCCUCUGCGACUCGCAGAAGAUUGGAGGAAAUGCAUCGACCGCAGUGGACCAUGAGCAGCAGAGUGGAGGAUAUUCUGCUGGAGGGAAGCACUAACAGGACCGACAUGAAGCUGAAUGAAUUCCUUCGGAGCAAAUUGGGCGGCACGGCGGCUGUUGGUGAAGACUACAAUGUGACGAUGGAGGCGUUUGUUCAGGAGCCGGAUGCUUACGUACAAGACCAGCAGUUUCUUAGAAGAAUUGUUAACUUAACUGCGUACCAAUUGCUGAAAAUAGAGCUGGAAAGAGAGCUGGAGAAAAGGAAAAUAUUAUUGGAGGCUAUUCAUAAACUUGAUGACGAGGGUGUGUUCUCUCUCGAGCAAUGGAGGGACUAUGAAGGAAAGGAUACGGUCACUCCUCAUGCAAAGGGAAAACUAAACGGAGUACUCACUCAGGUACAGAGAGAAGAGAAGCGUGAGGCAGAGGAAAGGCUAAGGCGUGAGGAAGAAGAAAUACAAAGACGACUGCAAGAAAUGAAAUAUACCAUUUCCACUACGAUCGAAGAGGUACUGUUUAAAGGAGGAGUCCGCGUCAAGGAAAGGAAGCUGAACGAUUUUCUUCUGGUGAGAUUUGGCGGCAGGGGCGUUGUGGACACAAAGGAUAAUGUCGUGCUGGAGGAGUUUGUAAAGGAACCGGCGAGGUAUAUCCAUGAUGCGGGAGUAUUGAACGAAAUAAAGACAACAGAUGCUUAUUUGAGGAUUGAGGGGGCUGUAAGGGAUGAAAAGGAUAAGGAGGAAGAUGUACGCAGGCUUAAACAGGCUGGUGUGUCCAAUUUACAAAAAUGGUCCGAAGCUGCUGAGCAGAUAAAAGAAAGUGUUCAUGAGAUCACUAAAAGUUUUUUGGAUGCAGCCGCCGAGGAGGCGAGGAAUCCAACGUCGACGGUUGUGUCGAUAAAACUGGAGGGAGUGUACGAGUCUGUGUACAAUGCGAGGUGGCAUCAUGUCAUGGAAGUUCCUGACGACAAUGGAAUGGGAAUGAAGGUGGAGGAGGGGAAACCAGAACAGUCAUGGACGUACAAGGAAGUUGGCCAAACUCUCGAAAAGGAUGACGGUGUGCAGCAAUCCGGUACACCACGUAUCAGGCUGAUGGUGCUCACCUCGGACAAGAGAUGGCCAUACACGAUGAAUGGGCCGCAUAGGGCUGGUAUUGACUUGUGUGUUAACUGUGAGGUGGAGCGAGUGUGGCAGAUCGUCGAGCGCGAUCUAACUAAGUGGUUCAGCAAUUUUGAUUCGACUCUCAAUCCUUCACCUGUGCCGUGUGUGUUGAUUGGGACGCCCGGGAUUGGGAAGUCGAUGAAUGCCGGUUCGUACCUCCUCUACCAGCUGCUGCAAUGCGAUGUCAGGAAACUCCAAGUGGUUGUCCAAUGUUUUGGAGAAACGGCGUACGUGUUUGACAAGACCAGCAGGGCGGUGAGAAAAUACGAGGGUGAGAUAACAUCCAAGAAUGUUAUCUCGAGUUUGUGGCGGUGUGGGAUGAAAGGGUAUAUUAUUUACGAUGUGGCAAAGAUAGGGACACCGCCCGACGCAGGUUUUGCGCCCUAUGAUGGAUGGGGCAUGAUUGUGGUGUCAUCGCCAAAGGUAAACAACUAUGCUAAAUGGGAGAAUCAACUACAAGCGGCGCGAAUCAUCAUGAAUUGCCCCGACGAGAUGGAUGUGAAGGCAAUGUGUGCAUGGAUGAAGCGAGGUCUGGAUCCAGAUGAGCAAGCGGAAUACUGGAGGAUGGUUGAAAAACACAUGGAUAAAGUGGGGCCGAUUCCACGUCACAUCUUUGAUGAGAAUAAAUAUGGAAAACGCACGAAGGAUGUUACGAGGGCCUUGAGAUGGAUCAAUAUUGGGGAUCAAGGAAAGUACUUUACACAGGGAGGAGAGCAAUGGUAUUCCGAGGAUCCGUCUCACAAACUUGUGAAGAUUGUUCGAGUGAGAGAAGAUGGCCCAUUUGAGGACUUCAGUAAUGCACCUAUAUGUACUUAUCUUGGGGUUUUAACAUUAUCUCGUUUGGCAAAGGUGCUGAGUCCGCAUGAUAUUUUUUUUCUCGUAUUGGGGAUGAAGAAUGUUGUUCAAUCCGCAGCUUUGAAAAAGUAUGCUUUGACCGUAUUCUUGAGUGUGGAGUUUGUCACUUCCAUAGUGAAGGAUCUCAAGGAGCUGCAGCCACCAUCACCUUCCAAACCACGGUCCUCGGUGCUAACGUUAAACCCUCAUGGUUACCCCACCGAGGCAGCUGCAAUAACUGAACUGAAGUUUAUUGAUCGCCCGCAAGAAUUAAAGUAUCGGGUGCUGUACAUACCGACGUUCCCAACCUUUCCGCUGGUGGACGGCUUUUUCUUUUUGAAAUCACCGCGGAGGACGCUGGUUGGGCUGCAGAUGACUACGGCGGGUGGGCACCACACCACCGCCAGCACUGUGAGGCAGUUCACUGAGUGCCUGGCGUCAUAUUUUGAUGGUUGGGAGGAGUUAUCCCGAGACAUCUCGUGGGAUAUUAUUUAUAUACAACACGCAGACAGCAAGCCGAUGAAAAAUUGGCAGAGAUGUGAUUACGUCAAUCCCAGGAAUAAAACCGACGCUGAAAAAAAAAUUGUGGCGUUCUGGAACGGAAGGGUACACCAAUACCAGGUUAUUUUAAAAGGUAAAUUUCCUGAGGCAAUCAAAUUUUCUCAUGAUGGUCUACCUGAGGGGGAUGAAAAAGGCAAGAAAAUCGAAAAAAAUAAGUAG